AUGGUGGUGCUCGUUUGGGAUUGGAGUGGCAAGGCUGCACUCGUGCUUGUUUACCUGUGCCUUUGGCUCGCAUGUCCAACAGCCGGGGGUGACUGGUACGGCGGCGCCAUACGGGUCAAGGCUGGGGAAUCCAUCCAAGCUGCAAUCGACACGGCUCAUCCUGGACAACUGAUUCUCGUCGCAGCGGCCACCUACGCAGAACAGUUGACAAUCACCACUGACGGCCUGCGGUUGGUGGGCAAAGGAGCCAUCCUCGUGCCUCCCAGUUCUACCGUAGAAAACACCUGUUCAGGCUUAGCAGGGCCUGACACGGAAGCCGGCAUCUGUAUAACGGGGCAGGAUAUCGAGCUUGCGGAUUUCGUGGUGGAGCAUCGCAAGGUCCUCUCGGUGGGACAGCCAGUACAAGGAGUUUUGGUGACCGAGUUCGAAGUGCAAGGGUUCUCUGGACUGGACAUCGCCGUGGUCGGUGGUCAAGACGUCCAGGUGAAAGGGAACACGCUCUAUGACGGCGCACAGUACGGUUGCUUGACAGUAGGCUCGAAGAACACCCACGUCGACGCCAACAACGUCGCCUCGACAGGGGAUCCAUUGUUCAUCGGCAUCUGCAUGGACGACAUGUCGGAUGUGCAAGUCACAAAGAACCGCGUCGCGGGCUACACCGUAGGGCUCUGCAUCCAGACGAACGGCGCCUACGUGUACGCCAACGAGGUCGCGGACGCGUGCUACGGCGCCUUCGUCGACCCGGGCACCACCGGCGCACAGGUCAUCGGAAACCAUAUCAGCGAGGGUAACCCCGUUUGUGCGAGCGUCCCUGACGGUGCCCUCGUCGGCAUCGCCACGCUCGGUGCCUUUGACACACAAGUCCAGGCGAACCUCGUCGAAGGCAUGACGAUCGCCGGGACAUCAAACGGCAGUGCGGCGGGGAUCGCGAUCCUGAACGACCCGGUAACGGGCCUCGCGUCGGCGAACAACUCGGUGGUCGAGAAUGUCCUGCGCGACAACGAUCUCGAUAUCUUUGUGGAGACCCCCGGGCACGGAAAUGUCGUUGAGGGGAACCAGUGCUCGACACCAGCGGAGCUCUGCAGCUAG